GUGUUUCAUAUAGCGUUGUUUCUAAAAGUGCAGUAGAAAAUAAUUAUCAUUUAAAAGAUUUAGUACAAAAAAGUUUCGCUACUUUAUUAUGUCAUCAUUUUGCGACUGCUGUUCUUGCGAUCCAGGAAACGCAACUAACAGGGAUUAAUUUCAGAUCAGUUUAUCUUUGCUAAGAGGAGAAGACGAUGUCUGGAAGCUUUUACUUUGUCAUGGUUGGUCAUCAUGACAAUCCUGUGUUUGAGAUGGAGUUCCUGCCAGCUGGGAAGCCCGAAUCAAAGGAUGAUCAUCGUCACCUAAAUCAGUUCAUUGCACAUGCAGCCCUGGAUUUGGUGGAUGAAAAUAUGUGGCUGUCCAACAAUAUGUACUUGAAAACUGUGGACAAAUUCAACGAGUGGUUUGUUUCUGCAUUUGUCACUGCAGGACAUAUAAGAUUCAUCAUGCUGCACGACGUGCGACAAGAAGAUGGAAUCAAAAACUUUUUUAACGACGUCUAUGAUUUAUACAUCAAGUUUGCAAUGAAUCCAUUCUAUGAAAUCAACGCGCCCAUCCGCUCAACUGCUUUUGAGAGGAAAGUCCAGUUCCUUGGGAAGAAGCAUCUCCUGAGUUAAUCACUUCACACAAAAAUUUCAAGUGUCUUUAUGUUGUAUAUAGUUGUUUCUGUUCUUCUUUAAAAAUCUUCAAUGUGUUCAGAACAAAAGUGUAUUUGUAUAAACAGUGUUUUGCUUUGUGGGUGUGUGUUUUGUUUUUUUAAUAGAGUGGAUGUGGCUGCUUUGUGUGACAUUAUGGCUUCAAAUUUCAUGUGCAUUGCAAAAAUAUCCAGAAAGAAAAUAUCUAUAAAUUAGUGUUGCCUCACUGCAGAGCAUAGUCAGUUACGUUCAUAGGAAAUAUUAAAACUGAUUUAUCAGCUGGAUUCCAGUUUACAAAACAUGCAUAACAGGCAAAUUUCAGGGGGUUUAUUCAUCAUUUGGCAUGCCAGUAGUACAACUUUGAAAGAAGAAAAAAUGACACUUAAACAUAUGGUUCACAUUUUUAAAUAACUAUGGGGAGACUUUCAACUUGAAAAUAUAUUUUAAAAAUAAGUGCAUUAAUUAGCUAAAUAAUCCCAUCAAUGAAAAAAAUGUCACUACUCCAUUAUUUAUUCUGCUUAUAGUUAGAUUCAUCUUUUUUUCCAAUGAUAAAAAAAACUUACAAAAUACAAAAGUUUCCAGAAACAUAAAUAUUCCAAAUGCCAUGCAUGUUAAAUUUAUUUUAAUAUUUCAGGGAAUUAAUUCAUCCCUCAUUGCUUUCAACACACAGCCAUAAUCUAUCCACAAUGCAGAAUGUGCACAAACAAGACCUAAAUGUGCAUUAAUAACAAGCUUCAAUUUGUUAGUCAUACAAAGUAGUUCCUUAGGUACCUCAUAAUUUUCAGAAAUAAGUUUAUUGGUAAAUACGUUAUUUCAAUUCUGCAGUUAUUUCAUUACUAUCGUGUCACCAUUCUGCAUUACAAUAUUAGGGAGUGGAGUGUAGAGACCCUACAGUAAUUGCACUCUCCAGGUUGCACAUAUCUAAACAAAUAUUUAAAAAAAAUAAUGGAAUCAUUUAACCUUUUGAAAAAUACUCUAAUUUAUAACUAUAAGUUGUCUUGGGUCAACACAAAAUGUUUUUUUUCCCGUAAGCCUGACUUAAUGGCCUUUGGCAGUGUUGAGUCAAGUGCUUUUAAUUGUAUUUGUAAUGACACUAGCAUUAAUUUA